UCGUCGCGGCGUGAUGAGCGCAUCAGCCCUCCUUGCCACGUCUCUUCAGGGCAGGCGAAGCAGCAGCCGCCGCCGCCGCGACGACGACGACGAGGCGCCGAAAGGGAAAGGAGAAGCCAGUCGGGAGGGCCGGGCCGCGCCCCCUUCCCCAGCCUGGCGGGCCCCUGCGAGUGGGACGACGACGGCGGCGGCGGGAGCACCCCCAGUCCCUUCGCUCUCCUCCGCUCAUGGUGCGGCUGAGGACGCGAACUGAGAAGCUUAGAUUGUUACCUAGGUCUCAAGGCAAAGACUGCCAGAGGUGGAAGAGGUGGAUUUGUUCCUGGUCAUGCCCGGUGGAAGGAGGGGACCCAGCCGGCAGCAGCUAAGCCGUUCAGCUUUGCCUUCUCUCCAGACCUUAGUCGGUGGCAACUGUGGCAACGGCACUGGCCUGAGAAACAGGAAUGGUAGUGCUCUGAGCCUCUCUGCUCCACCUAUCACAGCUUUGAUUACUCCAGAGCCUGUGCGACACUGCCGAAUCCCAGAGCUGCCUGUGGACAGGAACCUUCUGUUUGAAUUCCUCUUUUUUAUUUACUUGCUGGUGGCCCUGUUUAUUCAGUAUAUUAAUAUCUAUAAGACUGUAUGGUGGUACCCAUACAACCACCCGGCUUCCUGCACAUCACUGAACUUUCACCUCAUUGAUUACCAUCUGGCAGCAUUUAUCACAGUGAUGUUGGCACGGAGGCUGGUGUGGGCCCUUAUCUCUGAGGCUUCUCAGGUGGGCACAACGUCAGUGAUCCACUACAUGGCACUGAUUCUGGCAUGGCUAGUGCUGCUGACCCUGUGUGGAUGGCUCUGCUGGACUUUGGUUAACCUGUUUCGCAGCCAUUCUGUCCUCAAUCUCCUGUUUCUUGGCUACCCGUUUGGUGUCUAUGUCCCACUGUGCUGCUUCCAUCAAGACAGCAGAACACAACCUCUUUCCACAGACUGCAGCUAUUUGGUGCAGGAUCAACUGAUGGAUGCUGGUUCCUCAGGAGCUGGUAGCCUUGUCAAGCCCAAAGACUUCAUCUCUCUCCUGAGAGAGUCUCUGAAAGAACAGUUCAACAACCCUAUGCCCAUUCCCACGCACAGCUGCCCCUUGUCCCCAGACCUGAUUCGCAACGAGGUGGAAUGCCUGAAGGCAGACUUCAACCGUCGAAUCAAGGAGGUUCUAUUCAAUUCCCUCUUCAGUGCCUACUAUGUGGCAUUCCUGCCACUGUGCUUUGUGAAGAGCACCCAGUACUACGACAUGCGCUGGUCCUGUGAACACCUCAUCAUGGUGUGGAUCAAUGCUUUUGUCAUGCUCACCACACAGCUACUUCCUCCCAAGUAUUGCGACUUGCUACACCGAUCAGCUGCCCACUUGGGCAAAUGGCAGAAGCUGGAACACGGUUCAUAUAGCAAUGCCCCCCAGCACAUCUGGUCUGAGAACACAAUAUGGCCGCAGGGGGUGUUAGUGCGGCAUAGUCGAUGCCUCUACAAAGCAGUUGGGCCUUACAAUGUUGCGGUGCCUUCAGACGUUUCCCAUGCCCGCUUUUAUUUUCUCUUUCACCGUCCAUUACGGCUCCUCAACCUGCUGAUUCUCAUCGAAGGAAGUGUGGUUUGCUAUCAGCUCUACUCACUCCUUCGCUCGGAGAAAUGGAACCACACCCUCUCCAUGGCCCUAAUACUCUUCUGCAAUUACUAUGUCUUAUUUAAACUCCUGCGGGACCGAAUAGUAUUGGGCAGAGCAUAUUCGUAUCCUCUCAACAGUUAUGGGUUAAAAGCCCAUUAAUCAAUCACUUGAGGAAGGGAAGGAUAUUUUCAUACAGUUCUAUUUUUUUCCUUGCAACUGUUUAUAAAUAUUUAAAAAAAUAUUUUAUAUUUUGUAUACUACUGGGGUUUUUUUGUGUGUGGGUUAGGGAAGGGCCCAGUGACAAUUAAAUGUCACUUUAUAAACAAGGUGUUAUUUUAUAUAAAGAAAUCAUUGUGUAUAUACUGUAUAUCAAUAUAUACCUAUGUGAAGCAA